GAUGCCAACACAAGUUUGCAAGCAGGCAAGCAGCCGUUCACAGCAGCAGCUCUUUUGUGGAAGUAACUUCAGAUAUUAGUAGUAAAUAAUUUCAAUAAAUCGCUAAGUAGAGUAAUAUUUACAGCAAUUGAUUGAUUGAUUAAAUUGAAAUGGCGGCAACUAGAAGACUUCACAAGGAAUUGGAAGACAUCAAGAAGUCUGGGUUGAAAUCUUUUCGCGACAUUCAAGUUGAUGAACAAAACAUUUUGACUUGGCAUGGACUUAUUGUUCCUGAAAAUGCUCCCUACAAUAAAGGAGCUUUUCGGAUUGAAAUUAACUUUCCUGCUGAGUAUCCAUUCAAACCACCAAAAAUUGCGUUCAAGACAAAAAUCUAUCAUCCAAAUAUUGAUGAAAAGGGACAGGUCUGUUUGCCCAUAAUAAGUGCUGAAAACUGGAAGCCUGCCACCAAAACUGAUCAAGUGAUACAAGCGCUGGUUGCCUUGGUUAAUGAUCCAGAGCCUGAACAUCCACUUAGGGCUGAUCUUGCUGAAGAGUAUUCCAAAGACAAAAAGAAAUUCAUGAAGAAUGCAGAAGAGUUUACAAAAAAAAACAGUGAGAAGAGACCAAGUGAUUAAAUGUUUUCUGUUUUCAUUGUAAACACUUGAGAAGAGGCAGAGUUAAAAUUUUGAACUGGUCCCCCUCUUUCCCUCUUCACUUCAUUGUAGAGCAGUGAGAGCUGCACUGUGAUCUUCAUUUAUUUUCAUUUCUAUCUUUGCCUCUCUUGAUGGUUGAAAUAUUUCAUUGCACAUGAGCUGCGAAAAAUAAUACAUUUGCAGUUGUCUGAAAAAUUA